GCCUAUGUAAGGGCAAUGACCGAGAAAAGAGUAGUGAUUACAGAAUUUGGCACAUAUGCUUACCCGGAUCCAUGCAAGAAUAUAUUUUCCAGGUUUUUUUCGUACUUUCAAGGUGUGGAGGUCACUGACAAUGCCCUGGUUAAUGUGUACCCUGUGGGCGAAGAUUUUUAUGCUUGUACCGAGACAAACUUCAUAACAAAAAUUAACCCAGAAAACUUGGAAACAAUUAAAAAGGUAGAUGUCAGCAAAUACGUUUCAGUCAAUGGGGUAACAGCACACCCCCACAUUGAGAAUGACGGAACAGUUUACAAUAUUGGCAACUGCUUUGGAAAGAAUUUUUCCCUUGCCUACAAUAUUGUACGGAUACCUCCCCUACAAGCAGAUAAGAAAGAUCCAAUGACCAAAUGUGAGGUGGUUGUUCAGUUUCCAUGCAGUGACAGGUUCAAGCCAUCUUAUGUGCAUAGUUUUGGGCUGACUCCAAAUUACAUUGUGUUUGUGGAAACCCCAGUGAAAAUCAACUUGCUCAAGUUUCUUUCUUCCUGGAGCCUUUGGGGUGCCAAUUACAUGGAUUGUUUUGAGUCGAAUGAAAGCAUGGGGGUCUGGAUGCAUGUAGCUGAAAAGAAAAAAGGAAAGUACCUCAACAUCAAAUAUCGGACUUCACCCUUUAACCUCUUUCAUCACAUUAACACCUAUGAAGAUAAUGAAUUUCUGGUUGUGGAUCUAUGCACAUGGAAGGGGUAUGAGUUUGUUUACAAUUACUUAUACUUAGCCAAUUUACGGGAGAACUGGGAAGAAGUGAAGAAAAAUGCACAAAAAGCUCCUCAACCUGAAGUUCGCCGAUAUGUCCUUCCCCUAAAUAUUGAGAAGGCUGAUAUAGGCAAAAAUUUAAUCACGUUGCCUAAUACAACAGCUACUGCCGUUCUGCACAGUGAUGAAACCAUUUGGCUGGAGCCAGAAGUUAUUUUUUCAGGGCCCCGUCAAGCUUUUGAGUUUCCACAAAUAAACUAUGCAAUGUAUUCUGGGAAACCUUACACAUAUGCAUAUGGCCUUGGAUUGAAUCAUUUUGUUCCAGACAGGCUUUGUAAGAUAAAUGUUAAAACAAGGGAGACAUGGGUAUGGCAAGAACCAGAUGCCUAUCCCUCUGAACCCAUCUUUGUUUCUCACCCAGAUGCCCUGGAAGAAGAUGAUGGUAUUGUCCUGAGCAUUGUCAUUAGUCCGGGCAGUGGGCGAAAGCCUGCCUACCUUUUGAUCUUGGGCGCAAAGGACAUGAGUGAAGUUGCCAGGGCAGAAGUGGACAUAAACAUCCCAGUUACUUUUCACGGGCUUUUCAAAAGAGCAUGA